AUGCCAGCCCUAAAGAAACGCAAACUCAGUCAUGAGUCUGUUGGUGAUGACGGCGAUUCCACAAGCCAUUCGAAUGUGCAGAACGAGCAAGUACAAGCCACCCCCACGCGAGCUGAGAGUGCGGGCAGCAACGAUGAGGCGAAGAAGGAGCCAAAAUCUUUUCAAGAGCUUGGAGUCAUAGACUCGCUCUGCGAAGCCUGCAUGUCUCUUGGCUACAAAACCCCAACACCGAUCCAGGCCGAGUCGAUACCACUUGCCUUGCAGGGACGAGACCUAAUCGGCCUGGCAGAGACCGGUAGUGGGAAAACAGCCGCGUUUGUGCUGCCAAUCCUGCAGGCACUCAUGGCGAAGCCACAACAGCUACAUUCACUUAUACUUGCACCGACGCGAGAGCUGGCGUUUCAAAUCUCCGAAGCAGUUGAAGCACUUGGAUCCUUGAUCUCGGUCCGAUGCGCCGUACUCGUUGGUGGAAUGGACAUGAUACCGCAGUCUAUCGCACUAGGGAAGAAGCCUCACAUCAUUGUCGCAACACCCGGUCGGCUUCUCGAUCACUUGGAGAACACCAAGGGCUUCUCUUUGCGGCAGCUGAAAUACCUGGUUAUGGAUGAAGCCGACAGACUUCUCGAUCUCGACUUUGGUCCUAUUCUCGACAAGAUCCUGAAAAUCCUACCCAGAGACGACAGAAGAACGUAUCUCUUCUCCGCAACAAUGUCCAGCAAAGUGGAAGCAUUGCAGAGGGCGUCACUUCAGAACCCGCUACGUGUCGCCGUAUCACAAGACAAGUAUCAGACAGUGUCGACUCUGAUUCAGAAGUAUCUGUUUGUUCCGCACAAGCAUAAAGAUCUGUAUCUCAUUCACGUCUUGAACGAGCUAGCGGGCCAGACUGGAAUUAUCUUUACGCGUACCGUCAACGAGGCUCAACGGAUUUCGAUCCUACUGAAAAAGCUAGGUUUCUCUGCCGUUCCUAUUCAUGGGCAACUGUCUCAGCAGCAACGUCUGUCGGCGCUAAACAAAUUUCGAGCCAAAUCAAAGAAUUUGCUUGUCGCUUCAGAUGUUGCCGCUCGGGGUCUUGAUAUCCCGUCGGUGGACCUAGUGGUAAACUUCGAUCUCCCCCAUGACAGCAAGACUUAUAUCCAUCGAGUUGGUCGUACAGCGCGUGCUGGAAAAAGUGGUAAUGCGUUCUCUUUUGUGACUCAAUACGAUGUCGAGCUCUGGCUACGAAUUGAGAACGCAUUAGGGAAGAAGCUGGAAGAGUACAAGGCUGAAAAGGAAGAGGUGAUGGUUCUGUCAGAGAGAGUCAACGAGGCCCAGCGUGCUGCUAUCUCGGAAAUGAAGGAGCUGCAGGAGGAUCGUGGCAAGAAGGGUGCCACCUUACGGCAUAAACGCACAAAGAAAGGAGUUGGAAGAAGUAGAGACGAUAUGGACAGAGAUGAGGGUUAA